UGUCAGGGCGGGUUCUUCUUCUUCUUCCUAAAAACAACAGUGGCGAGAAACUCUUCUCAUUUCUUUACUUCUCCGAUUUCAACCUCCUCCGCCGAUGAGUUCUCCGGUGUCGUCUGAUUGCCGAAGCAAGAACGAACGCUCAUGUUCCCGUGCAUCAAUGAACAUUUUCUAGUUUAUUCGAUGCUGUUUGAUGGUGAUUUCUAGCUAUUAAAAUGGGCAGUAAAGGUCGCUUUCCGCCUCCACAUACGAGGCGUCCUCUUCCAGGUUCUGGUGUACUGCAUCCAGAAGCAUUUGGUCAUGGGGUUCGUCCUCCACCAGCUACAUUUCCUCCCUUUGACAUAUUGCCUCCUCCAGAAGUAAUGGAACAGAAGCUAGCUGGGCAACAUGUUGAGAUACAGAAACUCGCAACCGAGAAUCAGAGGCUCGCUGCUACCCAUGGAACCUUGAGGCAAGAGCUUGCUGCUGCGCAGCAUGAGUUGCAGAUUCUUCAUGCUCAAAUAGGAGCUGUGAAAUCUGAAAGAGAACAGCAAACAAGGAAUCUUUCUGAUAAGAUUGCAAAGAUGGAAGCUGAAUUACAAGCAGCUGAGCCAAUUAAGUUAGAAUUGCAGCAGACAAAAGCAGAAGCACAGAACUUGAUUGUAGCAAGGCAAGAACUUAUUACUAGAGUGCAACAUUUGACUCAAGAUCUUCAGAGGGCCCAUGCAGACGUGCAGCAGGUUCCAGUUUUGAUGUCAGAACUUGAGAGUUUGAAGCAGGAAUAUCAGCAUUGUAGAGCGACCUAUGACUAUGAGAAAAAAUUAUACAAUGAUCAUCUUGAGUCACUUCAAGUGAUGGAAAAGAAUUAUGUCACUAUGGCUAGGGAGCUGGAGAAGCUUAGGGCAGAGUUGACAAAUACUGCUAGUUUAGACAGAAGACAUGUUGGGCCUUAUGGUACUACCCAAAACAAUGAGAUGGAGGCUUCUGGGCAUCCAGCAGGACAAAAUACUUAUGAGGACGGCUAUGGUGUUGGCCAGGGACGUGGUCAGCUGUCUGCUACUGUAGGUGGUGUAUCCAGUGCUGGUGCGACUGCAUACACAGGACCUCAAACUGGUUCAACAGCAACACGACCCAACUUUGAUCCAGCAAGGGGUUCCCAACGAGGACCUGGCUACGAAGGACCAAGAGGAUCCAUUUAUGAUUCCCAGAGGCCUGGCUAUGAUGGACAGAGAGGACCAGCAGGUUACAAUGUGCCUGGGUUACGAGCUGGCUAUGAUGCUCACUCUAGGCGUGUUGCAGGACAUGCUGCACCUGGAAACACUGCUCCGUACGGGUCUUCGACACCACCUGAUCGUGGAGGUGGGUACAAAGCACCAGCUCGAGGUGGAGGAAACCCUGGUCGGAGAUGAGCCAAAGGUACCAUUGAGAUAACCCUAUGUUACUGAGUUUUCUCAUCUUCCUUAUCCAAGUUAUAUGCGGUGCAUUUCUACAUAAUUUGAAUGAAUGAGUGGAGAAGUUUACAUCAACAUCAAAGUCAAAAUCAUUUCUGUUUCAGUGCUUUAUCAUCUUCAUCUGCCUGAUGAACUUAUAGAUAUAAUCCAGUGUUCUCUAUCUCAAUAGCUAUCUUUCAUUAUUCUCAUUAAUUCCAUAUUGAAAUUUGUGAAUGUACCUAGUGAAGGUAAAGUCAAUAUAGGCGUCCAUCAGGUGAAAUGGCACAUCAAACUGCUCUGCAAUUCUUUCUAUUAUGAGGACACAAAUUGAAAUAAGAUAAGAAAGAUAACCAUUUUUUGCCUUUUGUUUAA